GCCCACUUGCUUGCGUGGGGCGCGGGCGCCAUGACGCCUCCCCCGGAACGUUUACGCCUGGGCACGCUCAAUGUGGCCACCCUGGCGGGCCGCGUUGCUACUGUGCUUGCACUUGCUACUACCUUGGCGCUGGAUGUGCUUGUUCUCCAGGAGACCCAUGUGCCGCAUCAUUCACGGGGGACGGUGGAAUCGGCCUUUGCUAAGGCUUACUUCCAGUGGGCCGCGGCAGCGCUGUUCGGAUUCAUCGCGCUGUGGGGCGCUUCUUCCCUCCUUAGCGACGUGUUUGAGUUUUUGGCCUCGACGGGUGAAGAAUGCAUUGGUUUCUGGCGCCUCGCUGACGAAACUGUGCUUGGGGAUCAUGCCUUUCCCCCGACUAGGCGUGACUGUCAUGGGCUUCCCACGGGCCGCUGCGUGGAUUUUGCGCUGUCCACUAGUGGCAUUCCCGCUUUGGCACGGUUCCAACACCGGGGGCCGUCUGACCAUGACUUGGUUUCCUACGACUUUGAGUGGGCUCGUGAUAACAGGUUGCUGCUGAGUGCCCCUCCCCGCCUGGCUUUGUGCUCCACGUUGGAGCCCGUGUCCGAGGAGGCUUGGAGCGAUGCGUGGGGUCCACACGCCUCGUCUUUCACUGCUGCUCUUCAUGGCAACGAUGUGAACAAGGCUUGGUGUCUUUUGAGCGAUGCGGCCGAGACCCUACUCGUCGAUCCUUCCAGGCCUGGAUGUGCUACGGCUCGGCGCUCCAUGGUGGCGGAGCCCCGGCCCCCUCCACCGACUUCUACUAAGUCUUCUACUGUGCAGUCACACAAGGAGCGGCGCCUACGCCACUUGGCCAGGCGGGCUGCUGAACUUCAACGGCACCCCGAGGGACCUGAUGCGGCGGUUUUGCACACCAAGCUGUCUUCUGAUGCUGCUGCUUUGGGCCUUUGCUUCACGGAGGACGUGGGGCGUCUUGCUACUGAGGCGCUUGCGGCCGCUGCUGCGCUCGAGACCGCCUCGGUCCGCGAGCGCAUCGCCAACUGGAAGCAAACUAUUCAAUCGGAUCAUCGUCGCAUGCGUGUUUGGGUUCAGCGUACUCCUGCUCCUGCUCCGGCACCGCUUUCUCAUGGGCCGGUGCACCCGGCUGACGUGGUUGAGGCAGAGUACAACAAGUGGUCGGCGCAGUGGACAGGUUCUGCUGCGCACACACCUGAGGAAACUUGGCGCUGGUGCCUGGCUUUGGGUGCGCCUUCUGAAAGCUGGAUGCCUGAAGCUUUGCUCCCCAGUGCUGCUGUGCUUCUUGCUGCCGUGCGAGCCUCUGCACGUCGUGCGGCUGGAAUCGACGGCUGGUCACCGGCUUACCUUGCUAAGUUGCCUCUGGGGUUUUUCGAGUCGUUGGUCGCCUUGUGGACGGCUUGCCUUCGCACUGCUGCUCUUCCGGAGGCCUGGUGCCAGGUGCGAGUUGCGCUGAUACCGAAACCUGAUGGUGGGCUUAGACCUUUGGCCAUUGCUUCAGCUGUUUGGCGUGCUCUCGCCACGGUGGUUGUUCGUAAUUUGCGUACUUGGACGCUCACCUGGGCCCCUCCCUCCCUGCUGGGCUCGUUGCCUGGUAGGUCGUGUGCUGACUUGCAUGCGGCUUUUGCCUCUGACUUGCAUCGCGCCAGGAGAUCUCGCCAGGCCAUGGCCGGCCACAAGGCCGAUGUACGUCGUUGCUUUGAUGCCGUGAGCGUCACUCAGGCACUCGCUGUGGCGCGGUGGUUAGGUGCCCCUCCCCCGCUCCUUAACUUGCUUGAGCACUUUUACGCCCGUCAGCGCAGGUUUAUCGCCUGGCAGGGCACCUUCCACGGAACGCCAAUCGAGCCAACGCUCGGCUUGCUGCAAGGAUGUCCUUUCAGCCCGUUACUGCUUAACUGCAUCUGCAGCCUUUGGGUUCGCAUUGUGCGGGAGGCCGAGCCACGUGCCACUUUAGCAGUUUACCUGGAUGAUAGGACGGUUUGGCAUGUUGGUAAACACGCGGUUCAGGUCGUGUGUGCGGCGGCGCGCGCGGGCCAAGCCUUUGACAGCUUCUUCGGUUUACAGCUGCACCCGGACAAGCUUGGCUCUUUCGGUGUCGGCCGUGGGGUCCGUGCAGGUCUCGCUUUGGAGGCCGAGCUGGUGGGUCUGGUGAAGACCUCCUUCGUUCUGCUUGGUGUGCACUACGCCUUUGGCUUGACGGCGCUUCCUGACACUACUACGCUCACGAGUGCAGUUUGGCGCCGAUGUGAGCGUAUUGCUAUGGCGGUGGCUUCGGUUGCAAGGCGUCGUGCUCUGCUUGAGGAACUUGUCAUCCCGCUUUUCUCUUGGUCUGGCCCUUGGACGCAGUUUCGCAAGCAGGACUUGAUGUCCUGGGACCGUGCUGUGGCCUUGGCGCUGUGGGGCUACAAGCCCCCUAGAUCUCGUUCGCGCUUGCUGCUCUGGCAUGUUCUUGGGCGGCCUUGCCUCUGCCCGGAGCACGCUCUUGACUUCGCCACUGCUCGUCAAGAAUGGUUGCGUUGCUCUACUCCCGGCGCUUUUCGACUGUUGGACAUCACCACCACGCCCAGUUGGGCUGCGCUUCAGCGUAAGUGGGGAUGGUCUGAGACUGUCACUGGCGAGUGGCGCACACCGCUGGGUCUGCUGCGUCCGGGUUGGGACGGCUUGGCUGUGUUGCGCCGCGUCGCGGACUACGCUUUCCUCCAAGGCCUUUGGGCUGUCGACCCCAAAGCCAGCGACAGGGACCUCUCGUUGUCUCUUCCCACCUUUGCUCCGGCAAGGCCCAUGGUUACGGAGGGCACCCACAGUCACUACCGUACGGCUACGGCUUGUGCUGCUGAUGCGCGCUGUCUGACUCGCCUGCAGAAUCCUCCGAGUGCUCAGGAGCUCCAGUGUGUGUGCGGAGAACCGACGCCCACCCGUCAUCACCUCACCUUUGCCUGCUCCAACGACCACUGGCAGCUGGAGCAGGCCACCUACUGCGAGCGCUCCCUGUUGCUUCGUCUGGUGCCGCUUCCGAUGCCGGCGAGCAUUCCUCGCAUGCUGCCUGAGCCCCAGAUAGACGAAGAGGUGGUGCACUGCCUCAUUGCUGCAGCAAGGCACGGCCCUGUGCUCUGUGCCACGGAUGGCGGUGCGCUCACGCGCGCUAGGAUGGAGUGGUGGCAGCGCGCUGCCUGGGCAGUUGCUUUUGGCACUGAGGGCGACUACACGGUCUACGGUGACCUAGUGGCUGGACUCGACCAAACGCCCGCCGCUGCUGAGCGGGCUGGACUUUGGCACUGCGUGCGCCAUCUACGGCGAGCCCAGGUGCCGGCAGUGCUCUACUUGGACAACUUUGCGCUGGUGCUUCGCCUGCGCAGAGGACUUGAACGAGAUUUGUGGGCGGGCUCCAACCCUGGUUACUGGCACGCCAUCUCGCAAAUCGUCAGUCGGGACCUAAAGGUGUUUUGGGUGCCUUCACAUGGCAAGCAGCGCGCCUGGCAGGCGGAUGAUUUUAGGCACACCACUGCGGUGCGUGCCCUGAAUGCUCAGGCGGACACCAGGUGCAGCGCUGCCUUACUGCCGCUCCGUGCGGAGUGGGAGGCUGCGAGCAACAGACUUGAUGCAGCUGAGUCUUGGACCACGCGUGUGCUGAAAAGACAGCAUGCUGCCUGCGCUCGCUACCAUGAACUCUUACGCAAGGGUGUCUCCGAAUGGCG